AUGCCGAAUCUCACUUUGCUCCGCCAGCAAGUCAACUACCACAGAGCUCGCGCCGGACCCUCGAUGCGAAUCAACCCAUCACAGCGAGCUGAUUUAGAGAUUCCUGACGAGCUGAUGGGUACCCACUCUGGGGAGCAGUUCCUUCAUUACGAUUCUGGCGUCGGAGACUCUAAGAGAAUAAUCGUUUUCGCAACGGCGAAGAACCUCAAGCUUCUCCGAAACUGUAACGAAUGGUUCAUGGACGGCACUUUCAAAGCGUGCCCCUCGAUUUUCUACCAACUGUUUACAGUCCACGUGAAGCUAUUUUCGAGUAAAGUCAUCCCGGUCAUUUACGCCUUCUUGCCAGCGAAAGAUGGAGUUACCUACAGGAAAUUGUUCGAGCUCAUCCACAAGGCGGUCGAUGGCUCUUUGCCGCAAGUGAUCCAUCUGGACUCCGAAAAGGCUUUAAUGAAUGAACUUUCCGCGAGGUUCCCACUCGCUGAAAUCGUAGGAUGCAAUUUUCAUUUCAAUCAGAGUCUUUGGCGUCACAUUCAGAGCGACCCCAAACUCUGUCAUGAAUAUCUGAACAACCUCGAUGCCAAUAUGAAUUUGAGGAUGUUAGCCGCUUUGGCGUUUGUUCCAUGCGCACAGAAUUCAGACGUAUGGUUCACAAAGGUGGAAGCCCAGUUCAGGUCAGCUAGAAUCAUCUCCGAAGAAACGAAAUACUACAAGAUCAUGGCGGUCUUGCCCGAGAGUGCAGCGAUCAGAGUUAGGGAAGUGGCCCCGAAAGCCAGUCUCGAGGCUGGCGACUACAACGGACUGAAGAAAAAUCCGCAGGCUGCUGACUGA